AGUGUGUCUACAUCAAGUUCUGCAUCAACAUCAUCAAGUGCUUCGACCUCGUCGUCAGUGUCGACAUCAUCAAGUGCUUCGACGUCAUCGUCAAUAUCAACUUCAUCAAGUGUAUCAACAUCGUCGUCAGUGUCGACAUCAUCAAGUGCUUCAACAUCGUCGUCAUUGUCAACAUCGUCGAGCGCUUCAACAUCAUCGUCAGUGUCUACUUCAUCGAGUGUGUCAACAUCGUCGUCAAUUUCGACCUCAUCGAGCAUUUCAACAUCGUCGUCUGCAUCAACUUCAUCCAGUGCUUCAACAUCAUCAUCAGUGUCGACAUCAUCUUCUGUCUCGACGCCAAGUACAACAAGGUAUGUGCUUUAUAAAUUCACUUCAGUCUCGUAUGGGACUCUAAUCCCACCCAGGGUCCCAGGUUGGGAUGGUGGGAUCCCGCCUUAGGUGGUGGGAUCCCACCUUUCUCACCUGGGAUUAAAAUUUGAUCCCAUUUGGGAUCCUACAUUUAAUGCGGGAUUCCUGCAUCCCAUCCGGGAUCUUAGAUGGGAUUUCUGCAUUCCACCCGGGAGUUUAGGCGGGCGUUAUGCAUUCUACCUGGGAUCCUACUCGGGAUUUACGUAUCCCACCUUGGAUUCUUUAUCCCAACUAAGAAAAUAUUGUUUUGCUGUUUUUAUUCUUACAAAACAUUUUUGUGAGAGUUCCAAUACUUAUGGAUCAUCCACACACUCCGCAAAGAUUUGGCCUGCGGACAAGACAGAGGUGGUCACUGUUCCCUUCGAGAAAAUACACCUUUUAAAUGACUUCUUCAAUUUGCUUUAUUUGGAACUCUGAUCUGAAAUUGUUUUUAAAAAAAGUCUUGUAGUGAGAAGCACAAACCGAGUUUCUUUUCAUAACUUAAUUUCUUAAAUGUUCCAAUCACUGGACCUCCUAAAAAAUAUUAGAUCUUUAUGUUUUUGGUGCAAAAUAGAAGUCCUUCUUUACAUACAAAUGAAAAGUGCAAGUCACAGUUCAAUAAUAACAGCUCUAAAGUUUAAUUGUUGUUCUUCUCUGAGUCGUCAAAAUUGUUCUAUUCCUUGUAAGUCUGGUAUAAAAUUUUAUUAGUAGUAUAAAAUGACAACCUUGUAUCUUCUCUCCACCCCUUUCCAAGCUUGGGAACGCUUCGGACUAUGCAUAACCAUUUGUAGACGGGAAUUCCAAUGCACCUUUGUAAUCACAUAUAGUUGCUUCUGCCUCUCUUGCAAAUUUUUCUCCGUUACGAGACGCACUUUACUCUGUUGGCACCACUGCUAGUUCAGUGGAAAGACCGACUGAGGAAUCGAGAUGGCUAGCUUUGUUGGAACGAGUUGCUGAACGCUUGUUACGGUCAAGCCUUGUUGAUUUGGGUACUGGUACACUGGGAUCAUCUAGGUAUCUCUUAUACUUUCUAAUGUGGUAUCCUUCUUUUAUAAAAAUGAGGGCAAAACACAAUUUGUCAUCACAUUCAAAAUUGUGUUUGGCUUGUGUUGUUUCUCACCUUUGCCGUGAACGUUACUGAAGUGAGCUUUUAUUCUUUCUUUCCUCGACAACUUUCGGCCACAAAUCGUGCAUUCUUGUCGAUUAUUUCUACCUAGAGUGAAUUCACAUCAUUAUUUAUAUCAUCGCCAAAACAUGGAUCCAAGGUAUCCACAAUCCAAAAGCAGAGAACUGGUCAGAAAAGACAGAAUAAUUUUGGGCUUCUCUUGAGACUGCAAUCAAUCAAGCCAGCGGAUUCUCUUUGCUGAAAGAUCCACGUGAUCAUGCCCGUGAUGGGAAACGAAGAAAACUCCAUUUAGCGCUCAUCUUUGAACGUACUCUUCAUCGGUUAAUCGCUCUUGCUUCAAGUUGUUUCUUUUCUCAACUGUUGUGAUUAAUAUAACACUUCUAAAGAUGGGUUUUAUUAUGGUUCAAUGGGAAAACGAGAGCAGCGUGAGUGUUGUAAAUGAAAAGAAAGUCGUUGGCGCCGUGGAAUUAAAAGAAGGGACAAUUAGGGACAUUUCGACUGGUACAAACAACGAACCAUUUAUAAGGCUAGGAUUUUGAAAGUUUGUGGUGAGUACAAACUGCGAUAUUCGUUACGUGAUCAAAAUCUUACCAAAGAAUAGAUAUAACGGCCUGAAUUAAGCUUACCUAACGUUCGGCGCAACUGAAACUCGAAUAAUUCCGAGAAUCGAAUUGGUCACUUGCAUGAGGCAGUUUCCUAAGCUCACACUUUAAAAUGAUAUAAAUCUACCAGUAAGGUUUCAAUAUUACUUUAGUCAUGUUUGGGAACAUUCUGACCUUGCUUUGCUUUGAAAAAUUCGACUAAAGAGAGUGCAGAAUUUAAAUCACUACCUUCUUUGUCAAAUUUUUGAUAACAUGAAUUAUUGAGGUGUUGUCUUUUUUCUACUCUUUGAUAGACAACAGCCAAUUUUUUUGAACGUUGAGCCAUAUUACACUGUAAAUGGCUGCAUAAAUAAUGAAGAAAAAGUAAUAUGCUGAGUUGUGUUGUUAUUCUUUAAAAAAUGUUCGGCUAAGAAAUUUGUUAAUGAAACAACGUCAAACACAUGCUGGUUCAUUGCAAAUAAAUUAUGAGAUCUUUAUCACACAUAGUCUGUGUAUUCAUGUACUGUUUGAAUCAUUUAUGAUCAACAGCUUGGGUAAGAUAAUGGGAUCCCAUUGGAGGUGUUAGUAUGUUCUCUAGCUUGUUGGAAAGUUUUGAACCCUCAGUGGAUUGAUGGGGUCUGUAUAGCUCACCUAGAAAAUGUUAUCCUCUUAAUUUUAAAGAUAAGGUUACCAAAGGGAUUGAUAAGAUAUCCCAUCUAGUACAUUUCAUAGAUCUGUGGUCUCCAGUGUUAGACAGGACCCCUCUAAGGAUUUUUCUUAAAGUGGGAAGCCAUCUGAAAUUUUAUGCAGGGUCUAGUCUGGGAUUGGCAGGAUUUCAGGUGUGAUCCCGCCUGGGAUAUGAUUUCCCAGGUGGGAAACUAUCUGAAAUUUGAGGUAGGAUCCCAAGAGGGAUUGGUAGGAUUCCAGGUUUUAUCCCGCCUGGGAUGUGCUAACCUGGGUGGGAUGCUACUAGGAAUUUAAGGUGGAAUCCCAACCUCAAUCAGUGGGACCUCUUGUGGGAUCCCAUGCGGAAUGUUCCAUAAUCCCAGGUGGGAUCCCACUUGGGAUCACACCUGAAAAAGGCAGGAUCCCAACUGGGACACACCUGGGAUCUCAGGUGGGAUCUGCGGGAUCCCACCUUAUAUUUUUACCUGGGUUUGACCGGUAUGCUUUUGUCUCCAACAUAUUUAGUUGACAUCAUACUAUUUCUCAAUCAAGCGUUUCUCCAUGUAACCAAAAGAAUGUUAUGUCUUAUCAUAAUUGCUGAGAAACCCCGCACACCUUCUGGUUAUGGUUUAUUUAAAGAAUUAAUAUUGUUCAGAUUAUAGUAGAUGCGACCAUUUGUGACCCCGCCAUACGAUUUCAGGGAGAAAGGUCAUAAAACGCUAACAACACUUUAUCACAACACGCUUAGUGUGUCUAGUAAGCGCAUAUAUUAUUUUUAACCAAUGAAAGACACUAUGGUUUGUUUCGGUCAAGUUAGCACGCUUUGUCUUUUAUUUGGGUAAGCGUGAUCGGUGUCACGCUUAGCGAGUAAUUUAACACAGUUUAACACACGAAAACGAAAUAUAUUGCUAAAUAUGCUAUUGGUUUAUCCAAAUCUUUUUCUUUAGAACUAGAUUGCACUCAAAUGUGAUGGGUAAGCUAAAAUAUUGCUUAACAGAUGAGUGAGAGAAAUGAAUUUUAACGCUGUAUAAUUCCAAGGAUCGUUAUGGUUUUCCUUAUUUGUAAAUUGCAUUGAUUGAAUGGAGGUUAAAGCACGUGACCGAGCGCGUGACUAAGCGCGUGACUAUCAUCCGCUUGAGUUUUCAAAAUACGAAACCAACAUUGUUUCUCACUUUAGGUCUCGUUGACCAUCCCCUUGAAAUCGCCAUGGUUAUUAGAGGGAAUAUACUUUAACACAGAUGUUUUGGCCGUUUACGGCUCUCUGUUAUGGCAACUUUUGAGUAUCUUAUGUAAGUUAAGUUGUUUCCGCGAUCCUGGCAAACUUGUCGUUUUUGCAAUGGGUUAGAUUUUGUUCUUCAACAUGCUACUAAAAAUAGAGAGUCACUUCUCCACAUAAAAAAGUAAGAAGUGUCUGCCUUAAAUUCUUGAAACUUGUUCGUGGCCAAAUGUUUCAACUUUGUUUAUUUUCUGAUCAGAGAGUCGAUAAUUAUAAAACACCAAUACGAGCUUCAGUCAAUUGACCUAGUAAUAUUACUGCAAGAAUUAGAGUACUUUGACUGUAUAAUGAUUACUUCAGCUUUACGUUCAGUUAACAUGCAGGCGGCACACUUGGUUACACACCAGCGUGCUGUGUUUGUUCACAUGCUAACUUUUGUAAUCAAAGGUUAACACGCUUUGCGUGUUAGCUUCCUCACGCUUCAAUGUUUAAUUUUUGUUUCCCGAAGAGCUGGGUUAACUACAGCCACACUUAGCUUACGGUUAAAAAGGUUUUUGAUCUAAACUUCCUCUCUUAAUGUAUUACUCAUCAAUGAAAGUAGUCCCAUUAGUAGUAACGGCCUUUAUUUCCAUACUGAAGAAACUUUGGCAAAUAGGUAAAUACGUUCACAUGGGAUUAUACUUUGUACAGGACCAUAUAUAUGAUGUUGAAACUAAAACAUUGUUAAUAAAAAUCAAAAGUAGCCAUUUAAAAGAAAGUAUUUUUAUCAAUGGACUUAUAUACUUAUUAUACUCUAAGUUUUUUAAAAGUGCCGGAAGUAUAGAUAUCCAACUUAAAAGCAAUUUUAAAUGGAUUUCUCUUCAAGUAGCACAGCAACAACUCGAUCAACUCAAGUUGAGGUGCUGUACGUAUGUAUCAUUUGUUUUAUAAUGUUACUUUUUGUCUCUUUUUAAGUGCGUCUACUUCAAGUUCGUCAAGUGUGUCAACUUCAUCAAGGUAUCAAAACAAUAUUACUUAAUCACUAGAUGUAAUUAUCAUAUUAGUUUUACCCCGUGAACAAGUUCGUCAAGUUUGUCAACCUCAUCAAGGUAUCAAAACAGUAUUACCUAAUCCCUUCAUGUAAUUUUCAAAUUAUUUUUAACCCGUGAACAAUCUACAUAGCCUUUCAAAGACCGUUAAAUAUAUUUUUAAAUGUUUUAUCAGUGUGUCGACAUCAAGUUCAGCUUCCACCUCGUCAAGUGUCUCAACUUCGUCAAGGUAACGAAAGACGAUUGUUUUGCAUUACCUCUUAUGCUAUCUUAAAUUCUUUAGUCGUCUUAUUUCUAAUCUGUUAUGGGCAUCGUUUUGAGUUCUGUUAUCUUUAUCGUUUCUAUUUCUCAUACUGUCGACAUGAAGCCAUAAAAUGCCAAUUUGUUUUUAUUGAUAUUAUCGUUUUUAGCGCUUCAACUUCAAGUUCGGUGUCAACAUCUUCCUCGGCGUCGACGUCAUCGACUGUUUCAACACCAACGACGACCAGGUAUCAAAAGUGUCUUAAAGAACUUCUUUAUAGACCUCGUUAGAAAAAAGCUUUAUCCUCAUCUGUUUGUUAAACUACUUUACAUGUACUUUAUUGUUUCUACAUCCAGUUCUGCGUCCACAUCAUCAUCAAUCUCUACAUCUUCAUCAGCGUCCACAUCGUCAAGUGCAUCAACAUCGUCGUCAGCGUCGACGUCAUCAAGUGCAUCAACCUCAUCCUCUGUGUCGACAUCAUCGAGUGUCUCAACAUCGUCGUCAAUUUCGACUUCAUCGAGCAUUUCAACAUCGUCUUCGGCAUCCACAUCAUCAAGCGCCUCAACAUCAUCAUCAGUGUCGACAUCAUCUUCGGUCUCAACACCAACUACAACGAGGUAUACACCUCAAUGAUUCAGAUCAAUCUCAUAUGAACAUAUGAGACUUGAAUCUCAUAUUACCACAUUUCGAGACAAUAAUAGUACAAUUAUUACGUUGACCGGUAUGCUCGUGUUGCUAUCAUAUGUUGGUUGACAUCUUACACUUUCUAAAUCAGUUUUCUUCCUGUAACCGAACCGUUAUUAUACUCUAUCCUGAAAGACCCCUGAGUACUCCUUAUUAUAAGUUUUUGAAGGAGUUAUUUUUAAAUGCUGUGUAUACACACGUUGAUCUAUAACUUUAUUCCAUGUUUUUAUUUCAGCGUUUCCACUUCAAGUUCAUCAAGUGUGUCAACUUCCUCAAGGUAUUUAGGAGUUGUUGUAAAUUUUGUUGUAUCAGACACAUAAGUAGUUUUAUUAACAUGUCCUAAAGGUUCAACCAUAAACUACUUUAUUUGCCUUCUCGACAAUUACAAUCUGUAAUUUUUCUUGCAGUGUGUCCACAUCAAGUUCUGCAUCAACUUCGUCAAGUGUCUCAACAUCGUCUAGGUAACAAGGGACAUGAUGGCUUUACGUUAGAUCUUUAUGUCAACUGAACACAGUCAAUCAUGUCAUUUAUCAGUCGUAAGAGGAGUAGUUGAAUCAUUGCCUCUUAUAUUUUAUUGUGUUUUGCAAAUGAUCCUUAGUUUCAUUUAUCUGUGGUUUGUGGCUUGUGGCAAUUCUUGCUUUUGUUUUAAUUUUUCUUCUUUUGUAUUAUGUAUGUAAAGUGUGACAUAUAUUUUGGUGUGUUGCAUUUUUUAAUCAGCGCUUCCACUUCAAGCUCUGCGUCAACAUCAUCAUCGGCGUCAACGUCAUCGAGUGUUUCGACUCCAACAACAACCAGGUAUGAAUGAUAUACUUCCGACCAUGAUUCUGGAGGUGUCCAUUCAUUUUGUUCUAGACUUUACUUAGACUCUGCAAAAAAAGAUGCCUAGAUCCUUGUCCUUAUUCUUCAGUAAAAGUAUACUUGUUGGUUUUUAGUGUUUCUUCUUCGAGUUCCGCGUCCACAUCAUCGUCGAUUUCAUCAUCAUCUAGUGUAUCCACUUCUUCUAGGUAAUUUUUGACGAUUUCUAUAUUAUUUGAGGAAGUCUAAUUCGAUGCAACACGUUACCUUUUCUUUGUAAGAGAAAAAAUGUUUAUUUUAGGAUAAAUAUCAUUUUAAACGAUUUUUGAGGCAAGUUUCACUCAUUAUUCAUUGUCUCCUGCAUUAUUCUAUAUUGCUGGCUUCAAAGAAGCUAGAAAUUGUUCUAGCGUCUAUAGUUUAAAACAAGCAAUUUAAGCUUUGUCUCUAAAAAUGAAGUUUGUUUUAAGAAUUUAAUUAAACUUUCAAUUAAGUGAUUGUUUUUUUAAUAUAAUGAUUAAUAUUUCUUUUUAGUGUGUCUACAUCAAGUUCUGCAUCAACAUCAUCAAGUGCUUCGACCUCGUCGUCAGUGUCGACAUCAUCAAGUGCUUCGACGUCAUCGUCAAUAUCAACUUCAUCAAGUGUAUCAACAUCGUCGUCAGUGUCGACAUCAUCAAGUGCUUCAACAUCGUCGUCAUUGCCAACAUCGUCGAGUGCUUCAACAUCAUCGUCAGUGUCUACUUCAUCGAGUGUGUCAACAUCGUCGUCAAUUUCGACCUCAUCGAGCAUUUCAACAUCGUCGUCUGCAUCAACUUCAUCCAGUGCUUCAACAUCAUCAUCAGUGUCAACAUCAUCAAGUGCCUCCACAUCAUCGUCAGUGUCGACAUCAUCUUCUGCUUCGACACCAACUACGACGAGGUAAGGACUUAAUCGUGUUUAGUUUUUAAUAGACGCGACUAUUUUAGUUGUCUGAGCUAAGGAAAGCCUUUAUGAGAAAUACUACUCCUGAAAUGCUUGGUUCAUUACAUCCAUACUGAGCUCACAAUUGAAACGAUUUUGAUCUAAACCUUGUUUCCUAAUGUAGUAGUCAUUAAUAAUAGCAGUCCCAUAAGUAUUAUCGGUCUUCAUUUCCAUACUGAAUAAACUUUGUCAAAUAGGUAAAUACGUUCACACAGGAUAAAAAUCUUAUUUUUUUUCUUAUCUCUUUUAGAAGAACAUAUAUAUGAUAUUGAAACUAAACCAUUGAUCGAAAAAAUUAAAAGUAGGCAUUUCCAAUAAAGGAAUUUUAGCAAUGGAGUUAAAUACUUAUUACACUCUAAGGCUUUUAAAACUUCCAGAAGUAUAGACAUCUAACUAAAAAGAAAUUUUAAAUGGAUAACUCUACAGGUGGGUUAAUGGAAUGAAAAGAAAUCGGACUUGUUGGUAGCACAGCAAGAACUCAAUUAACUCGUGCUGUGGUACUGUACUUAUAUUGCAGUUGUUUUCUCAUGGUGGUUUUUAUUUCUCUUUAAAGUGUGUCUACUUCAAGUUCGUCAAGUGUGUCAACUUCAUCAAGGUAUCAAAACAAUAUUACAAGAUCUUCAGAUGUAAUUAUCAAAUCAGAAUUACCCCAUAAACAAAACCACAAAGGCAAUCAGAGAAACUAUAUAAGCGGCUUUUCUAACGCCAUGAUAUAUAUUUAUAUAAUAUUUUAUUAGUGUGUCGACAUCAAGUUCAGCUUCCACCUCGUCAAGUGUCUCAACUUCGUCAAGGUAACGAUAGAUGAUCGUUUCAGAUUACCUCUUAUACUUACUUUAAUGUUUGAUCGUUUCAGUUUGUUAAGGGCAUCGUUUUCAAUUCUGUUAUCUUUGUUCGUUUUUAUUUCUCAUACCGUCGACAUAAAAUCAUUAAAAUACCAAUUUCUUUUUAUUUAUAUUAUCGUUUUUAGUGCUUCAACUUCAAGUUCGGUGUCAACAUCUUCCUCGGUGUCGACGUCAUCGAGUGUUUCAACACCAACGACGACCAGGUAUAAAAAUUGUUUCAAAGAACUCCUUUAUAGACCUCGUUAGAAGAAAACUUUAUCCUCACUUGUUUGUUAAACAACUUUAUUUGUAUUUUAGUGUUUCUACAUCAAGUUCUGCGUCCACAUCAUCAUCAUCAAUUUCAACAUCAUCAUCAGCGUCCACAUCGUCAAGUGCCUCAACGUCGUCGUCAGCGUCGACGUCAUCAAGUGCUUCAACAUCGUCGUCAGUGUCGACAUCAUCGAGUGUCUCAACAUCGUCGUCAGUCUCGACUUCAUCGAGUGUCUCAACGUCGUCGUCUGCAUCAACUUCAUCGUCUGCAUCAACUUCAUCGUCUGCAUCAACUUCAUCGUCUGCAUCAACUUCAUCAAGCGCCUCAACAUCAUCAUCAUCAGUGUCGACAUCAUCUUCGGUCUCAACACCAACUACAACGAGGUAUAUACUGCAAUGUUUGUUCAAGAACGUAAAAUGAUAUGAGACUCAAAUCUGAUAUUGCCACUUUUCGAGAUAAUAAUGAUAGAAUUAUUACCUUGACCGGUAUGCUCUUGUUUCCAUCAUAUGUUGGUUGAUAUCGUACACUUUCUAAAUCAGAUUUCUCCCUGUAACCAAAACGUUAUUAUACUCUAUUGCUGAAAGACCCUUGUGAACUCCCAAUCAUGAGUUUUUGAAGGAAUUAUGUUUAGACUUUAGUUGUGCUGUGUAUACUCAGUCUUAUCGAUAAUUUUAUUCCAUUUUUUAAUUUUAGUGUGUCAACUUCAACUUCAUCAAGUGUGUCAACUUCCUCAAGGUAUUUAAGAGUCGUUUUUAAAUGGUGCAUCAGAAAAAUAUGUAAUUGUAUUAGCAUUUCUUAAAGAUUCAAUUAACAAUUAACUACUCUAUUUGGCUAUAGGACAAUUCACAUCUGUAAAUUUUCUUGUAGUGUGUCCACAUCAAGUUCUGCAUCAACCUCCUCAAGUGUCUCAACAUCGUCAAGGUAAGAAAGAAUACGAUGGUUUUACAUUAGAUAUUUAUUCGAACUGAAGUAGGCGAUUGUGUCAAUGAUUAUUUGUAAGAGGACCGGUUUGAUGAUUGUGUUUAUUGUCAGUUUAUUGUGUAUUGCAAAUGCAUCAUCGUGUAAAUUGCCAGUUGUUGGUGAACUUUUGUAAUCACUGCCUUCAUUUUCAUUUUUUUUCAUUUUUUAUGUAAAAUAUGACAUAUAUUUCGGUGUAUUAAACUUUCCAAUCAGUGCUUCAACCUCAAGUUCAGCGUCAACAUCAUCAUCGGCGUCUACGUCAUCGAGUGUUUCAACACCAACAACAACGAGGUAUAAAUGAUAUUUUUGAGUUCUUGUAUUUUGUCGACUCUACUUUGUCAUUACAUCAUUAUUUAAUACAUCCACUUCUCCAAGGAUACUGUUGAUGUUUUUUUCCUUUUUCUGAUAUGAUUUGAGAGAAUUCAUUUUAAUACUGCAUGUUACUUUCUUCUCAAAUCUUUUUUCAUAAGUAUAAACAUGUUUUGUUUCAGAUCAUUUUCAUUUCAAUACCUUUUGACAAAAAUUGACAACUUUUUUAGUACAUACUAAUGUCUAAGUACCCAUAUAAUGUUUUGGUGUCAAUGACUUAAAAAAGUAGCAAUUUAACCCAUGUCAUCAUUAAUUCUGUGUAAAUGAAGUUUUUUUCGACACUUUACAUAUAUUUUUAAUAAAGUUACUGUUUCCUGUAAUAUUGUGUAAUAUCUCUUGAUAGUGUCUCUACAUCAAGUUCUGCAUCAACAUCAUCUAGCGCUUCUACAUCGUCGUCAGUGUCUACAUCAUCAAGUGUCUCGACAUUUUCAUCAAUCUCGACCUCAUCGAGCAUUUCCACAUCGUCGUCGGCAUCAACAUCAUCCAGCGCUUCAACGUCGCCCUCAGUUUCGACUUCAUCAAGUGUAUCAACAUCGUCAUCAGCGUCGACCUCAUCAAGUGUGUCAACUUCGUCGUCAAUUUCGACCUCAUCGAGCAUUUCAACAUCAUCGUCGGCAUCAACUUCAUCAAGCGCUUCUACAUCGACGUCAGUGUCGACAUCAUCAAGUGUCUCGACAUCUUCGUCAAUUUCGACCUCAUCGAGCAUUUCCACAUCGUCGUCGGCAUCAACAUCAUCGAGCGCUUCAACCUCAUCGUCAGUGUCAACAUCAUCAAGUGCUUCAACUUCAUCAUCAGUUUCCACGUCCUCUAGCGCUUCAACAUCGUCCUCAUUUUCGACUUCAUCGAGCAUUUCGACAUCAUCGUCAGUGUCUACAUCAUCUUCUAUUUCGACACCAGCUACAACGAGGUAAGGAUUUAAUCUUGUUUAGUUUUUAAUAGAGUCGAUCACUUUGUCUGACCUUUGGAAUGCAUUUAUGAGAAAUAUUUCUACCUAAGAGUUGGGCUCACUACCUCCACACCUUGCUUACAACUUGAAUGAUUUUGAUCUAAGCCUUGUUUGUAAUGUAGUAGUCAUUAAUAAAAAUAGUCCCAAAAGUAUCCUCAGCCUUCAUUUCCAUUCUGAACAAACUUUGGCAAAUAUGUUCACUUUGGCUUAAAAUAGACUCUUUUUCCUAGCCUUUUUACAAGAAACAUAUAUAUGGUAUUGAAACUAAAACAUUGAUCGCAAAAAUUAAAAGUAGGUAUUUACAUGAAAAAGUUUUAUCCAUGGCCUUAAAUACUUAUUAUACUCUAAGUUUUUCAAAAGUGCCGGAAGUAUAGAUAUCCAACUUACAAGCAAUUUUAAAUGAAUAACUCUUUCAGUAGCUUAAAGGAGUGAAAAGAAACUGGAAUUUCUGAUAGCAAAGCGAAAACUCGAUGAAAUCAAGUUGAGGGACUGUACAUAUGUUGCAGUCGUUUUCUCAUGUUACUUUUUAUUUCUCUUUAAAGUGUGUCUACUUCAAGUUCGUCGAGUGUGUCAACUUCAUCAAGGUAUCAAAACCGUAUUACUUCAUCCCCAGAUGUAAUCAUUAAAUUAGAAUUACCCCGUGAAUAAAACUGCAAAGCCGAUCAAAGAAACUAUGAAAGCUUCCUUUCUAACGCAAUUCAAUUUGUAAUUUUUUUUAUUAGUGUGUCAACAUCAAGUUCAGCUUCCACCUCGUCAAGUGUCUCAACUUCGUCAAGGUAAUGAAAGACGAUUGCUUUACAUUACCUCCUAUGCUUACUCAAAUUCGUUAAUCGUUUUCUUUUCUAUAUAUAUAGCAUCGUUUUGAGUUCUGUUAUCUUUGUUCCUUUAUAUUUCUCAAACUGUAGAUAUAAAGCCAUAAGAUGCCAAUUUUUUUUUUUUUUUUUUUUUAUAUUAUCGUUUUCAGUGCUUCAACUUCAAGUUCGGUGUCAACAUCUUCCUCGGUGUCGACGUCAUCUAGUGUUUCAACACCAACGACGACCAGGUAUAAAAAUUGUUUCAAAGAACUUCUCUUAUGAACCUCUUUUAAAAUAAACUUUAUCCUCAUCUGUUUGUUAAAAUACUUUACUUGUAUUUUAGUGUUUCUACAUCCAGUUCUGCGUCCACAUCAUCAUCAAUCUCAACAUCUUCAUCUGUGUCCACAUCGUCAAGUGCCUCAACAUCUUCGUCGGUGUCAACAUCAUCCUCAGCAUCGACGUCAUCAAGUGCCUCGACGUCUUCGUCAGCAUCAACAUCAUCAAGUGCUUCAACUUCUUCAUCAGCGUCGACAUCUUCAAGUGCUUCAACAUCUUCGUCAGUGUCGACAUCAUCUAGUGCUUCAACAUCAUCAUCAGUGUCGACUUCAUCAAGUGUCUCAACAUCAUCGUCAAUUUCGACUUCAUCAAGCAUUUCGACAUCGUCGUCUGCAUCAACUUCAUCAAGCGCUUCAACUUCAUCAUCAGUGUCGACAUCAUCUUCGGUCUCAACACCAACUACAACGAGGUAUAUACUGCAAUGUUUGAAUUAAAGAACGUAGGACGAUCUGGGACUCAAAUCAGAUAUUGCCACUUUCCGAGACAAUAACGAUGCAAUUAUUAAUUUGAGAUUUAUGCUCUUGUUUCCAUCAUAUGUUGGAUGAUAUUGUACACUUUCUAGACCAGAUCUCUCCCUGUAAUCAAAACGAUAUUAUACUCUAUUGCUGAAAGACCCUUGUGAAUUCCCCGCCAUUGGUUUUUGAAGGACUUAUGUUUAAACUUUAGUUGCGCUUUGUAUACACAGUUUUAUCGAUAGUUUUAUUCCGUGUUUUAAUUUUAGUGUGUCUACUUCAAGUUCAUCAAGUGUGUCAACUUCCUCAAGGUAUUUAAGAGUUGUUUUUAAAUUUUGGUGCAUCAGACACAUAUAAUUUUUUUAACCAUGUUCAAACGGUUAACUAUUUAAUUUGCCUUUUCGGCAGCUUAACUCCGAUAAUUUUCUUGCAGUGUGUCCACAUCAAGUUCAGCAUCAACCUCUUCAAGUGUCUCAACAUCGUCAAGGUAAAGAAAAUAAUGGUUUUAUGUUAGAUCUUUAUGCUAACUGAAAACAGUCAAUCGUGUCAUUUAUCAGUCGUUAGAGGACCAGUUUAAUCAUUGCCUCUUUUUUAUUUUGUGUUUCGCAAAUGAUCCUUAGUUAUUUGUCUGUGGUUAGUGGCUUGUUGCAAUUCUUGCUUUUGUUUCAACUUUUCCUGUUUGUAUUGUGUAAAUGUGACCUAUAUUCUGGUGUUUUAUUUUGUAAUCAGCGCUUCCACUUCAAGUUCAGCGUCAACAUCAUCAUCGUCAUCCAGUGUUUCAACUCCAACAACAACAAGGUAUGAAUGAUAUACUUCAGACCAUGUUUCUGAGGGUGUCCAAUUUUUUUGUUCUCGACUUGACUUGGACUGAAAAAGGAAAAAAGAUACAUAGACUCUUCUCCUUAUUCUUUUGUGAAAGUAGACUUGUUGGGUUUUAGUGUAUCUACUUUGAGUUCCACGUCCACAUCAUUGUCGCUAUCAUCAUUAUCUAGUGUAUCAACUUCCUCAAGGUGAUUUUUCUGUUGAUUUAUUCAUCAUUCAAGAGUCUAAUUCAAUGCAACAUGUCACCUUUUUCCUUGUCAAAGAAAAAAUGUUUAUUUUGAGAUGUGCCAUUUAAACGUGUGUUGACACAAGUUUCACUCUUGUCCACUGCACUAUUCUAUCUGGCUUAAAAGAAGGUAGAAAUUGUUUUAACAUUUAUAGUUCGAAAAGAAGCAAUUUAAACUUUGUCUCUGGAAAGUGAAGUUUGUGUUGAUUAUGAAACUGAUGUUUCAAGAAAGUGACUGUUUUCUAAAAUAAUGAUUAACAUCUCUUUGUAGUGUCUCUACAUCAAGUUCUGUAACAACAUCAUCAAGUGCUUCAACGUCGUCGUCAGUAUCGACAUCGUCAAGUGUAUCAACAUCGUCGUCAGUAUCGACAUCAUCAAGUGCUUCAACAUCAUCGUCGGCAUCAACUUCAUCUAGCACUUCAACAUCAUCAUCAGUGUCGACAUCAUCUUCUGUCUCAACACCAACUACAACGAGGUAUGCGCUUCAUAGACUCACCUCAAUCUCGUAUGGGACUCAAAUCUAAUAUUGUCGUCUUUUUAGGUUGUAGCAAUACAAUUGAAACUUUGACCGGUAUGCUUUUGUUUCUAUCAUAUUUAGUUGACACCAUACCAUCUCUGAAUCAGGAUGCAAGCGUUUCUAAAUGCAACCAAAAGAAUAUUAUGUCUUAUCAUAAUUGCUAAGGAAACCCUAAGACUUUCUGAUGUAUGAUUUUAAAUAUGUUUCCAUUUUAGUGUGUCUACUUCAAGUUCAUCAAGUGUGUCAACUUCCUCAAGGUAUUUAAGAGUUGUUUUUAAAUUUUGGUGCAUCACACACGUAAUUUUUUAAAACAGGUUCAAAAGGUUUAAUGAUUAAUUACUUUAUUUGCCUAUUCGACAAUUAAAAUCUGUUAAUUUUGGUGCGUUCGACACGUGUAAUUGUAUUAACUUGCCUUAUAGAUUCAAUUAACGAUUAAUUACUUUAUUUGCCUAUUCAGCGAUUAAAAUCUGUCAAUUUACUUGUAGUGUGUCCACAUCAAGUUCUGCAUCAACCUCGUCAAGCGUCCCAACAUCUUCAAGGUAAGAAAGAACAUGGUGGUUUUACGUGAGAUCUUUAUUAUAACUGAAAUAGUCAACCGUGUCAAUGAUUAUUUGUAAGAGGACCGGUUGGAUGAUUGCGUUUAUUUUCAUUUUAUUGUGUAUUGCAAAUGAUCAUAGUGUCAUCUGGCAGAUGUUGGUGAACUGUUGUAAUCAUUGCCUUUGUAUUAAUAUUUUUUUCAUUUUGUGUGUAAAAUAUGACAUAUAUUUGGUGUAUUAAACUUUCAAAUCAGUGCUUCAACCUCAAGUUCAGCGUCAACAUCAUCAUCGGCGUCCACGUCAUCGAGUGUUUCAACACCAACAACAACGAGGUAUAAAAGAUAUUUUUCAGUCCUUGUUUCUGGACCACUCUAGGAACUCCUUUUGUAUUUUCGCGAGUCUGCUAAGUCAUUAUAUUAUCAUAACUUAAUGCAUCCACUUCUCCAAGGUUACUGUUGAUGAUAUUUUCCCUUUUCUGAUAUGACUUGAGGGAAUUCGUUUUAAUACUGCGUGUUACUUUCUUCUUAAAUCUUUUAUUAUAAGAAUAAACAUGUUUUGUUUCAGGUCAUUUUGAUUUCAAUACCUGUUUACAAAAAUUGACAACUUUUUUAGUACAUACUCAAGUUGGUAUGUCACCAGUGGCUGGCGAAGUGAACUUUUCUGGUUUGUAGACAAAAAUGUUUAAGUACCCCUAUGUUGUUUUGAUGUCAGUUUGACUUAAAAAGCAGCAAUCUAACCCAUGUCAUCAUUUAUUCUGUGUAAAUGAAGUUUGUUUUGACUUUACAUAAAUUUUCAAUAAAGUUACUGUUUCCUGUAAUAUUAUGUAGUGUCUCUACAUCAAGUUCUGCAUCGACAUCAUCAUCUAGUGCUUCUACAUCGUCGUCAGUGUCGACAUCAUCAAGUGUCUCGACAUCUUCGUCAAUUUCGACCUCAUCGAGCAUUUCCACGUCGUCUUCGGCAUCAACAUCAUCGAGCGCUUCAACCUCGUCGUCAGUGUCAACAUCAUCAAGUGUAUCAACAUCGUCAUCAGCGUCGACAUCAUCAAGUGCUUCUACAUCAUCGUCAGUGUCGACUUCAUCAAGUGUGUCAACCUCAUCGUCAAUCUCGACUUCAUCGAGUAUUUCGACAUCAUCAUCAGCAUCAACUUCAUCAAGCGCCUCAACAUCAUCGUCAGUGUCGACAUCAUCUUCUGUUUCGACACCAACUACGACGAGGUAAGGACUUAAUUUUGUUCAGUUUUUAAUAGAUUUGACCACUUCAGUUGUCUGAGCCAAGGAAAACGUUCAUGAGAAAUGUUACAUCGAAAAGCUGGGUUCACUUUAUCCAUACUGAGCUCACAACAGAAACGAUUUUGAUCUAAUCCUUGUUUCCUAAAGUAGUAGUCGUAAAUAAUAGUAGUCCCAUAAGUAUCAUCGGUCUUCAUUUCCAUACUGAAUAAACUUUGUCAAAUAAGUAAAUACGUUCACAUGGUGUUAAAAUGGAUAUUUUUUUCUUGGCCUUUUUACUAUAACAUUAUACUCUUAAGACUUUUUAAAGUGCAUAGCACAGUAAAAACUCUAUUAACUCAUGUUGUGGUACUUUACAUAUGUUGUAGUUGUUUUCAUAUGUUACUUUUUAUUCCUCUUUAAAGUGUGUCUACUUCAAGUUCGUCAAGUGUGUCAACUUCAUCAAGGUAUCAAAAUACUUUUACCCGACCCCCAUAUGUAAUUAUCAAAUCAGAAUUACUCCGUGAACAAAACUUCAAAGGCAAUCAGAGAAACUCUAAAAGCUGCCUUUCUAACGCCAUAUUAUUAUUCAUUUUUUACAAGUGUGUCGACAUCAAGUUCAGCUUCCACCUCCUCAAGUGUCUCAACUUCGUCAAGGUAACGAAAGACGAUUGUUUUACAUUACCUCUUAUGCUUACUUAAAAUGUUAAAUUGUUUUACUUUUAGUUUGUAAAGAGCAUCGUUUUGAGUACUGUAAACCUUUUUCCGUUUUAUUUCCUAUACCGUCGACAUAAAACCGUUAAAAUGCCAAUUUAUUUUAAUUAAAUUUAUCGUUUUCAGCGCUUCAACCUCAAGUUCGGUGUCAACAUCUUCCUCGGCGUCGACGUCGUCGAGUGUUUCAACACCAACGACGACCAGGUAUAAAAAUUGUCUUAAAGAACUUUCAGUAUUGACUUUGUUAGAAAACAACUUUAUCCUCAUCUGUUUGUUACACUACUUUAUUUGUGUUGUAGUGUUUCUACAUCAAGUUCUGCAUCCACAUCAUCAUCAAUCUCAACAUCUUCAUCAGCGUCUACAUCAUCGAGUGCUUCAACGUCGUCAUCAGCCUCGACAUCAUCCAGUGUCUCAACAUUGUCCUCAGUGUCGACAUCAUCGAGUGUUUCAACAUCAUCGUCAAUUUCGACCUCAUCCAGUAUUUCAACAUCGUCCUCGGCAUCAACAUCAUCAAGCGCCUCGACAUCAUCAAGCGCCUCGACAUCAUCGUCAGUCUCAACGUCACCGGUUUCGUCACCAACUAAACCACGGUACUAAUUUAUGGGAGUCGUGAAAAAGUUAUAUCGGCCCUCAUUUUUACUAAGAGUAAACAUGAAUAACCCCAUGAUUGCCACAUAUUUUGUUUAAAAAUAUUGAGACUUAAGCUGUGCUUAACACCCUGUAUCCAUUUUCUGAUAUGAAUCUUUAUUUCCCUUCUCAGAGUUUCCACUAGUUCGAGUUUGUCAAUUGCGUCAACUUCUUCAACCUUGACAUCUACCUUAAUGAACUUGCUUUUAGACUUCGUUGGUCUCACUAACAAUUUAUAUAUUGUACUCCUUUAAGGACAUGACAGUUCUUAAAAAGGAUUGGUAUUCCGAUUAAUCUAUGCUGCUUUCUUCUUAGUGUAUCCACCUCAAAGGUUGUGUCGACCCCAUUUAAACCUCAGACAGAAACAAAGGUAUCAACGAGGUUUCCCUCAUUGUACACUCCUUCGAAAUCCUCCGAAGAAGUUUUUUCAUUACGAUCUAGGUGAGUUGAAAGAUUUCCUUCCGUACCUACACAUACAUUUUAUUACUUGAAUUCGUAUUUACAGCUUUUCGGGCACAUCAUAGAAAGAGGUGUAUUCCAAUCCGCAUGUACCAGAUCAGAAAGAAAACUGUUAAAAGAAAACCGUUAAUAGUCUCUCAUUUUUAAUUUUUUGGCCUUGAUAUUACCCUUCAUGGAGGAAGAAUUUUGUUGUUCUAAAAAGAUGUCUCAACUCAAUCCACAUUGCCUGGAGGGCUUCAUUAAAGGUCUUCUCUUAAAAACAAAGUUAAGAGAUUCAUCAAUGAACAUUCUUACGCGCCUCCUUUCGCCAGUGGUUUUUGAUCAUAUUCGAAUAUGUAGCUAGGUAUCGUUGCUGGACAUUUCUCUUAAUUAGCAUUAAAGAUUUUUGUUUCUGUUAUUCUGAUUGUAACCAAACUAUUAUUAUAGUCUAUCAUAAAGCUUGAAAGACCCCUAGGAACCCCCCUGGAUGGGUUUUUAAAGGACUUAUGUCUAAAGUUGAGUUGUGUGUAUACAUUCUGAGCCAUAAUCUUAUUCCAUGUUUUCAUUUUAGUGUGUCUACUUCAAGUUCGUCGAGUGUAUCAACCUCCUCAAGGUAUUUAGAAGUUGUGUUUAAGUUAAGGCGCAUUAGACACAGAUUCAAUUGUGGUAACAUCUUUAAAAUAUGUAACGAUUAACUACCUUUCUUAGCUUUCCAACACAUAAAUUUUGUUAAUUUUCUUGUAGUGUGUCGACAUCGAGUUCUGCAUCAACUUCGUCAAGUGUCUCAACAUCGUCAAGGUAGGAAAGAACAUGAUGGUUUCACGUGAGAUCGUUAUGUUAACUGAAAACAAUCGAUCGUGUCAUUUAUCAUGGUCAGAGAACCAGUUGGAUCAUUUGCUUUAAUUUAAUGUUAUUGCGUUUCGCAAAUGAUCCAUAGUUUUAUUAGCCAAUAGUAAGUAGACUGCUGCAGUUGUUGCCUUUUUUUAAAUUAGUUUUUGCACCUUAUAUGUAAAAUAUUACUUAUAUCUUGUUGUGUUUUACUCCAACAACAACAAGGUAUAAAUGAUAUAUUUGAGACCAUAUAUCUAGAGGUGAAUAUGUUUUUGUUCUCGACUUAUCUUAGACAUUGAAAAAUAGAUACAUAGAUUGUAAGAGUAAAUAUGUUUUUUGGAGAUCAUCGUCAUUUUUUAUAUCUCUUUAUUAUUUACUGAAGUUAAAUACUCAGUACUCAUUGAUGUCUACUGCAUUAUUCUGGAUUUUUGUUUUCGAAGAAUCUAUAAAUAUCAUAACGUCUAUAGUUAAGAAGUAGAAGUAGUUAAAGCCUUGACAUCUUUUUCCGUUGACAGGAAGGUUUUUUUAAAUUAAACUUUAAAGAAAGAGACUGUUUUCUUAAAGAAUGAUUGAAAUCUCUUUGUAGUGUCUCUACAUCAAGUUCUGCAUCAACAUCAUCAAGCACUUCAACAUCGUCGUCAGCAUCAACAUCAUCAAGUGCUUCGACAUCUUCAUCAAUAUCGACAUCAUCGAGCGCUUCAACAUCUUCCUCAUUGUCGACAUCAUCAAGUGCUUCGACAUCAUCGUCAGUAUCGACUUCAUCAAGCAUUUCAACGUCGUCGUCAAUUUCCACUUCAUCGAGCAUUUCGACAUCGUCAUCGGCUUCAACUUCAUCGAGCGCUUCAACUUCAUCAUCAGUGUCGACAUCAUCUUCUGUGUCGACACCAACUACAACGAGGUAUGCGCUACAUGCAUUCAGUUCAAUUUCGUAUGAGACUCGCACUAAUAUUUUCACAUUUCGAGGUAGUAGCAAUACAAUUGAAACUUUGACCUGUAUGCUUAUGUUUCUAGUAUAUCUUAAAUGAUAUCAUACAACUUCUAGGCAGGUUGAAAGCUUUUUUCACUGUAAACAAAAGAAUAUUGUGUCUUAUCAUAAUUGCUGAAAAACCCCUCAGAUCUCCUGAUCGUGGGUUGUUGAAAGACGUACAAGGUUUGAUUGAGAUUUUAAUCCAUGAUUUUAUUUCAGUGUCUCUACCUCAAGUUCAUCUCGUGUGUCAACUUCUUCAAGGUAUUUACAUUUUGUUUUCGAAGUCAAGGUGUAUCAGACGCAGAUUGUAUCAGAUUGAUUUAGAGAUUUUUAAGAUAGACUAUUUCUACUUACCUUUUCGACCCUUGAAAUCUUUUCAUUUCCUCGUAGUGUGUCGACAUCAAGUUCUGCGUCGACUUCGUCAAGCGUCUCAACAUCGUCAAGGUAAGAAGAACAGAAAGAGGUUUAGAUCUUUAUUUUAGCAAAGAAUAAUCCAUUGCGUCAAUCAUUAUUUGUAUGAGGACCCAUUGGAUCAUUGCCUUUAUUUUUACGAUAUUGGGUAAUGUUUAUGAUCCAUAGUAUCACUUCUCAGUGGUUAAUGGACUGUUGUAAUAUAUUUUGGCGAAUUUUACUUUCCAAUCAGUGCUUCAACUUCAAGUUCUGCGUCCACAUCAUCUUCGGCGUCUACAUCAUCGAGUGUUUCAACACCAACAACAACGAGGUAUAAAUUAUAUUUUUGCUUCCUGACGUCAUCGUUACCCUGUACAUCCGCUUCUUAGAGGGUUACUAUUAAUGUUUUGAUACAACCUUCUACUUUUUUCAUAUUUGUUUUUAAGGAUAAACCUUUUUUUGUUUCAAAUCACUUUUCUUUUAAUACCUGUUGACGAAGUCAACUUUUUUUUUUUAUCCUAAGUUGGUGAGUUAGUCCUUUCUCUAAUUUUGUGCCUAAGUGUCCAUUUCUGGCCUAUAGACGUUAAUGUUCAGAUACCUAUAUAAUGUUUUGAUGUCUUCGAGAUGAAAUGUGGGAGUUUAACCUAUUUGUUCUUUUAAUCUUUUCAAGUGAAGACUUGCUUGAAAGUUACUGUUUCCUUUAAUAUUUUCUCGUGGCUUUUUUGAAGUGCUUCUACAUCAAGUUCUGUGUCAACAUCAUCAAGCAUUUCAACGUCAUCGUCAGCAUCAACGUCAUCAAGUGCUUCUACAUCGUCGUCAGCGUCGACAUCAUCAAGUAUUUCUACAUCGUCAUCAGCGUCGACAUCAUCAAGUGCUUCCACAUCGUCAUCACUGUCGACAUCAUCUAGUGCUUCAACAUCAUCAUCAGUGUCGACUUCAUCAAGCGUGUCCACAUCGUCGUCAAUUUCGACAUCAUCAAGCAUUUCGACAUCGUCGUCUGCAUCGACUUCAUCAAGCGCUUCAACUUCAUCAUCAGUGUCGACAUCAUCUUCGGUCUCAACACCAACUACAACGAGGUAUACGCCACUAUGAUUUAGUUAAAUCUCACAGGACGAUAUGAUACUCAAAUCUCAUAUCGCCACAUUUCGAGACAAUAGCAAUACAAUUAUUACCAUAAACAGCUUGCUCUUGUUUCUAUGAUAUGUUGGUUAAUAUUUUACACUUUCUAAAUCAGUUUUUACCUGUAACCAAACUAUUAUUAUAGUCUAUCAUAACUCUUGAAAGACCCCUAGGAACCCCCCCUGGAUGGGUUUUUAAAGGACUUAUGUCUAAAGUUGAGUUGUUUGUGUACAUUCUGAGCCAUAAUCUUAUUCCAUGUUUUUCUUUUUAGUGUGUCUACUUCAAGUUCGUCGAGUGUAUCAACUUCCUCAAGGUAUUUAGAAGUUGUGUUUAAGUUAAAGCGCAUCAAACACAGAUUUAAUUGUAGUAACAUCUUUAAAAUAUGUUACGAUUAACUACCUUUCUUAAAUUUACAACACUUCAAUUUUGUUAAUUUUCUUGUAGUGUGUCGACAUCGAGUUCUGCAUCAACUUCGUCAAGUGUCUCGACAUCGUCAAGGUAGGAAAAACCAUGAUGGUUUCACGUGAGAUCGUUAUGUUAACUGCAAAUAGUCGAUCGUAUCAUUUAUCGAUCCAUAGUUUGAUUAGUGUAUAGUUAGUGGACUGCUGUAGAUGUUGUCCUUGUUUUAAUUUGUUUUUGCACCUUAUAUGUAAAAUAUUACCUACAUUUUGUUGUGUUUUACUUUCUAAUCAGUGCUUCAACUUCAAGUUCUGCGUCAACAUCAUCCUCGGCGUCGACUUCAUCGAGUGUUUCAACUCCAACUACAACAAGGUAUAAAUGAUAUAUUUGAGACAAUAUUUCCGGAGGUGAAUAUGUUUUUGUUCUCAACUUAUCUUAGACAUUGAAAAAUAGAUACAUAGAUUAUAUCCCUUAACCUCUUGUAAAAGUAAACUUGUUGGUUUUUAGUGUAUCUACUUCAAGUUCCGCGUCCACAUCAUCGUCGAUUUCGUCAUCAUCUAGUGCAUCUACUUCUUCAAGGUGAUUGUUAAUGUUUUUUAUAUUGUUAUACAGAGUCUAAUUUAAUGCAACAUGUCAACUUUUUUCUUUACAACUUCUUUGUAAGAGUAAAUAUGAUUUUUUUGAGAUCAACGUCACUUAAUAUCUCUGUAUUAUUUACUGAAGUUAAAUACUCGGUACUCAUUGAUGUCUACUGCAUUAUUCUGGAUUUUUGGUUUCCAAGAAUCUAUAAAUUUUCUUUACGUUUAUAGUUAAGAAGUAGAAGUAGUUAAAGCCUUGACAUCUUUUUUUCUUUGACAGUAUGGUUUUUUGAAUUAAACUUUUAAGAAAGAGACUUUUCUUAAAGAAUGAUUAAAAUCUCUUUGUAGUGUCUCUACAUCAAGUUCUGCAUCAACAUCAUCAAGCGCUUCAACAUCGUCGUCGGUAUCAACAUCAUCAAGUGCUUCGACAUCUUCAUCAAUAUCGACAUCAUCGAGCGCUUCAACAUCUUCCUCAUUGUCGACAUCAUCAAGUGCUUCGACAUCAUCGUCAGUAUCGACUUCAUCAAGCAUUUCAACGUCGUCGUCAAUUUCCACUUCAUCGAGCAUUUCGACAUCGUCAUCGGCUUCAACUUCAUCGAGCGCUUCAACUUCAUCAUCAGUGUCGACAUCAUCUUCUGUGUCGACACCAACUACAACGAGGUAUGCGCUACAUGCAUUCAGUUCAAUCUCGUAUGAGACUCGCACUAAUAUUUUCACAUUUCGAGGUAGUAGCAAUACAAUUGAAACUUUGACCGGUAUGCUUUUGUUUCUUGUAUAUCUUAGAUGAUACCAUAUAACUUCUAGGCAGGUUGAAAGCUUUUUUCACUGUAAACAAAAGAACAUUAUGCCUCAUCAUAAUUGUUGAGAAACCCCUCAGAUCUUCUGAUCAUGGUUUGUUGAAAGACGUACAAGGUUUGAUUGAGAUUUUAAUCCAUGAUUUUAUUUCAGUGUCUCCACUUCAAGUUCAUCAAGUGUGUCAACUUCUUCUAGGUAUUUUUAUUUUGUUUACAAAGUCAAGGAGUAUCAGACACAGAUUGUAUCAGAUUGAUUUAGAGAUUUUUAAGAUAGACUAUUUCUACUUACCUUUUCGACCCUUGAAAUCUUUUCAUUUCCUCGUAGUGUGUCGACAUCAAGUUCUGCGUCGACUUCGUCAAGCGUCUCAACAUCGUCAAGGUAAGAAGAACAGAAAGAGGUUUAGAUCUUUAUUUUAGCAAAGAAUAAUCCAUUGCGUCAAUCAUUAUUUGUAUGAGGACCCAUUGGAUCAUUGCCUUUAUUUUUACGAUAUUGGGUAAUGUUUAUGAUCCAUAGUAUCACUUCUCAGUGGUUAAUGGACUGUUGUAAUAUAUUUUGGCGAAUUUUACUUUCCAAUCAGUGCUUCAACUUCAAGUUCUGCGUCCACAUCAUCUUCGGCGUCUACAUCAUCGAGUGUUUCAACACCAACAACAACGAGGUAUAAAUUAUAUUUUUGCUUCCUGACGUCAUCGUUACCCUGUACAUCCGCUUCUUAGAGGGUUACUAUUAAUGUUUUGAUACAACCUUCUACUUUUUUCAUAUUUGUUUUUAAGGAUAAACCUUUUUUUGUUUCAAAUCACUUUUCUUUUAAUACCUGUUGACGAAGUCAACUUUUUUUUUUUAUCCUAAGUUGGUGAGUUAGUCCUUUCUCUAAUUUUGUGCCUAAGUGUCCAUUUCUGGCCUAUAGACGUUAAUGUUCAGAUACCUAUAUAAUGUUUUGAUGUCUUCGAGAUGAAAUGUGGGAGUUUAACCUAUUUGUUCUUUUAAUCUUUUCAAGUGAAGACUUGCUUGAAAGUUACUGUUUCCUUUAAUAUUUUCUCGUGGCUUUUUUGAAGUGCUUCUACAUCAAGUUCUGUGUCAACAUCAUCAAGCAUUUCAACGUCAUCGUCAGCAUCAACGUCAUCAAGUGCUUCUACAUCGUCGUCAGCGUCGACAUCAUCAAGUGUUUCUACAUCGUCAUCAGCGUCGACAUCAUCAAGUGUCUCUUCAUCGUCAUCAGCGUCGACAUCAUCUAGUGCUUCAACAUCAUCAUCAGUGUCGACUUCAUCAAGCGUGUCCACAUCGUCGUCAAUUUCGACAUCAUCAAGCAUUUCGACAUCGUCGUCUGCAUCGACUUCAUCAAGCGCUUCAACAUCAUCAGUGUCGACAUCAUCUUCGGUCUCAACACCAACUACAACGAGGUAUACACCAUCAUGAUUUAGUUAAAUCUCACAGGACGAUAUGAUACUCAAAUCUCAUAUCGCCACAUUUCGAGACAAUAGCAAUACAAUUAUUACCAUAAACAGCUUGCUCUUGUUUCUAUGAUAUGUUGGUUAAUAUUUUACACUUUCUAAAUCAGUUUUUACCUGUAACCAAACUAUUAUUAUAGUCUAUCAUAACUCUUGAAAGAUCCCUAGGAACCCCCCUGGAUGGGUUUUUAAAGGACUUAUGUCUAAAGUUGAGUUGUUUGUGUACAUUCUGAGCCAUAAUCUUAUUCCAUGUUUUUCUUUUUAGUGUGUCUACUUCAAGUUCGUCGAGUGUAUCAACUUCCUCAAGGUAUUUAGAAGUUGUGUUUAAGUUAAAGCGCAUCAAACACAGAUUUAAUUGUAGUAGCAUCUUUAAAAUAUGUUACGAUUAACUACCUUUCUUAAAUUUACAACACUUCAAUUUUGUUAAUUUUCUUGUAGUGUGUCGACAUCGAGUUCUGCAUCAACUUCGUCAAGUGUCUCGACAUCGUCAAGGUAGGAAAAACCAUGAUGGUUUCACGUGAGAUCGUUAUGUUAACUGCAAAUAGUCGAUCGUAUCAUUUAUCGAUCCAUAGUUUGAUUAGUGUAUAGUUAGUGGACUGCUGUAGAUGUUGUCCUUGUUUUAAUUUGUUUUUGCACCUUAUAUGUAAAAUAUUACCUACAUUUUGUUGUGUUUUACUUUCUAAUCAGUGCUUCAACUUCAAGUUCUGCGUCAACAUCAUCCUCGGCGUCGACUUCAUCGAGUGUUUCAACUCCAACUACAACAAGGUAUAAAUGAUAUAUUUGAGACAAUAUUUCCGGAGGUGAAUAUGUUUUUGUUCUCAACUUAUCUUAGACAUUGAAAAAUAGAUACAUAGAUUAUAUCCCUUAACCUCUUGUAAAAGUAAACUUGUUGGUUUUUAGUGUAUCUACUUCAAGUUCCGCGUCCACAUCAUCGUCGAUUUCGUCAUCAUCUAGUGCAUCUACUUCUUCAAGGUGAUUGUUGAUGUUUUUUAUAUUGUUAUACAGAGUCUAAUUUAAUGCAACAUGUCAACUUUUUUCUUUUCAACUUCUUUGUAAGAGUAAAUAUGAUUUUUUUGAGAUCAACGUCACUUUUAAUAUCUCUGUAUUAUUUACUGAAGUUAAAUACUCGGUACUCAUUGAUGUCUACUGCAUUAUUCUGGAUCUUUGGUUUCCAAGAAUCUAUAAAUUUUCUUUACGUUUAUAGUUAAGAAGUAGAAGUAGUUAAAGCCUAAAACCUUUUUUCUUUGACAGUAUGGUUUUUUAAAUUAAACUUUUAAGAAAGAGACUUUUCUUAAAGAAUGAUUAAAAUCUCUUUAUAGUAUCUCUACAUCAAGUUCUGCAUCAACAUCAUCAAGCGCUUCAACAUCGUCGUCGGUAUCAACAUCAUCAAGUGCUUCGACAUCUUCGUCAAUAUCGACAUCAUCGAGCGCUUCAACAUCUUCCUCAUUGUCGACAUCAUCAAGUGCUUCGACAUCAUCGUCAGUAUCGACUUCAUCAAGCAUUUCAACGUCGUCGUCAAUUUCCACUUCAUCGAGCAUUUCGACAUCGUCAUCGGCUUCAACUUCAUCGAGCGCUUCAACUUCAUCAUCAGUGUCGACAUCAUCUUCUGUGUCGACACCAACUACAACGAGGUAUGCGCUGCGUGGAUUCAGUUCAAUCUCGUAUGAGACUCGCACUAAUAUUUUCACAUUUCGAGGUAGUAGCAAUACAAUUGAAACUUUGACCGGUGUGCUUUUGUUUCUAGUAUAUCUUAAAUGAUACCAUACAACUUCUAGGCAGGUUGAAAGCUUUUUUCACUGUAACCAAAAUGAUCAUGGUUUGUUGAAAGACGUACAAGGUUUGAUUGAAAUUUUAAUCCGUGAUUUUACUUCAGUGUUUCUACUUCAAGUUCAUCAAGUGUGUCAACUUCUUCAAGGUAUUUAAAUUUUUUUUCAAAGUUGAAAUGCAUCAGACACAGAUUGCAUCAGGUUCAUUUAAAGAUUUUAAAGAUAGACUAUUUCUACUAGCCUUUUCAACACUUGGAAUCUUUUCAUCUCCCCGUAGUGUGUCGACAUCAAGUUCUGCGUCAACUUCGUCAAGUGUCUCAACAUCGUCGAGGUAAGAAGAACAGAAAAAACUUUAGAUCUUUAUUUUAAUUGAAAAUAGUCCAUUGUGUCAAUAUUAGUAUGAGGACCCAUUAGACCAUUGCCUUUAUAUAUUUUGGUGAAUUUUACUUUCCAAUCAGUGCUUCAUCUUCAAGUUCGGCGUCAACAUCAUCUUCGGCGUCUACGUCAUCGAGUGUUUCAACACCAACAACAACGAGGUAUAAAUUAUACUUUUGCUUCCUUACGUUAUCAUUACCUUGUACAUCCGCUUCUUACAGGUUACUAUUAAUAUUUUGAAGCAACCUUUUACCUUUUUUCAUUUAGUUUUUAAGAAUAAACCUUUUUUGUUUCAAAUCACUUUUAUUUUAAUAUCUGUGGACGAAGUCAACCUUUUUUUUUAUUCGUCAUUCUUCAUUCUAAUUUUGUGUCAAAGUGUCUAUUUCUGGCCUGUAGACGUUAAUGUUCAGAUAUCUAUAUAAUGUUUUUAUGUCUAGAGAUAAAAUGUAGGAGUUUAACCUAUUUGUUCUUUUAAUCUUUUCAAGUGAAGCUUUGUUUGAAAGUUACUGUUCCCUUUAAUAUUUUCUAAUGGCUUUUUUGAAGUGCUUCUACAUCAAGUUCUGUGUCAACAUCAUCAAGCGUUUCAACGUCAUCGUCAGCAUCGACAUCAUCAAGUGCUUCUACAUCGUCGUCAGCGUCGACAUCAUCAAGUGUCUCAACAUCGUCAUCAGCGUCGACAUCAUCAAGUGCUUCCACAUCAUCAUCAGUGUCGACCUCCUCAAGUGUGUCAACAUCGUCGUCAAUUUCGACUUCAUCGAGCAUUUCGACAUCAUCAUCGGCAUCGACUUCAUCGAGCGCUUCAACAUCAUCGUCAGUGUCGACAUCCUCCUCUGUUUCGACACCAACUACGACGAGGUAAGGACUUAAUCUUCUUUAGUUUUCAAUAAUAUGAUAUUAUGAUAUUGAAACUAAAGUUUUGAUCGAAAAAAUCUAAGUUAGGCAUUUAGAAUUUAAAACAAUUUCAUCGAUGUGAAUAAAAUAAUUUAUAUACUUUAAACUUUUUGAAAGUUCUUGAAGUGUAGAUAUAGUGCGUCCUCUUCUUCGGCAACAACAUCAUCAAGCACUUCAACAUCGUUGUCGAUGUCCACAUCAUCUAGCGUUUCAACAUCGUCAUCAAUUUCGACCUCAUUGAGAUUCUCGACAUCGUCGUCGGCAUCAACAUCCUCAAGCGCUUCAAUAUCAUAGUCAGUGUCGACAUCUUCUGUUUCGCAAGAUUUCAUUUUAUCACAAGUCGAGACCGUACGCUUACACUUUCAAGCAGUAAGCCGAGGGUCUCGUUAUUCCUGCAAUUGAAAAACUCUUAUGCGCCAUUCUAAUGAUUGUAAAACUCCGUACAAAGCAAGUUUUGUUUGUAAAAAUUUUGAUAAGUUUUCAAUGAAUUAAGCGUUUACAGUUUACACAAGGAACUGAUCGAUUUUCUUUUUCAGUGUGUCCACGUCAAGUUCAUCAAGUGUGUCAACUUCCUCAAGGUAUUGAAGAUUGGUCAAAAAUUUUCAUGUUUAUGAAAAACAGAUAUUAUUAUAUAUUUUUCAAAGCCGUAUUUAUCUGCCUUUCUGACGCCUGAGAUCGUUUAAUUCUCCUCUAGUGUAUCGACUUCAAGUUCUGCAUCAACCUCAUCAAGUGUGUCAACCUCUUCAAGGUAUCAGCAAAUUAUCCAUCAUUCUAUGGAGGACUAUUUUGAUCACUGUUACUUUAUUCUUUUUUUCGUAAUUUAUAGUAGAUGGUAUAAAUUUAUCGGUGAACGUUGUAUUUUUUAAUCAGCGCUUCAACUUCAAGUUCUGCGUCAACAUCAUCAUCGGCGUCGACGUCAUCGAGUGUUUCGACACCAACAACGACAAGGUAUGAAUGACAUUUUAGUGACCUUUCUCCUGGAUCUCUUAAGGUGUUUAUUUUAUUUUGAUUAUUCUUUUUACGGCUUGACAUAAUCAUCACGAAGGGGAUAUAUAGACUUUUGUCUCAAACUUUGUAUAAAAGUAGCCUUUCUUCACUCCGUCGUGAGUUUCAACAUCUUUGUCUUGUUCUUUGUUUGCUAAUUCUAUGAUGAAGUUAAGUUGCCCUUCAGAUAUAUAGUUUCAUGAAGCGAUAGUUUACUUUUUAUUCAAAAGAUUUUUAAAUAACCAGUCAUCAUUUUGAAUAAAUUGUGACACAUUUUAGUGUCUCUACAUCAAGUUCUGCUUCGACGUCUUCGAGUGUUUCAACUUCGUCGUCGGUGUCAACUUCCAGCUCUGCUUCGACAUCGAGCUCAGUGUCGACGUCCAGCUCUGCUUCGACAUCCAGCUCAGCUUCGACAUCCAGCUCUGCCUCGACAUCAAGUUCAGCAUCCACAUCUAGCUCUGUCUCGACAUCGAGCUCAGUGUCGACGUCCAGCUCUGCUUCGACAUCCAGCUCAGCUUCGACAUCCAGCUCUGCCUCGACAUCAAGUUCAGCAUCCACAUCUAGCUCUGUCUCGACAUCAAGUUCUUUGUUGACUUCAUCAUCAAUCUCAAGUUCAUCGAGCCUGUCGACCUCGUCAAGGUAUGAUGAUUUCCAAAGCUUGUUUUGGGUGCCCUAGAGUAUUAUUUUGUUAUCGGGAACGAACUUUGUGGUUUAAAAUGAACCCGACUGCGAUCUUGCUUAAAGGGGAGUAACAUAUUGAACCUUCACUUUCUCUUCAGUGAGUAAUUGCAGGAAUUUAACAGAAUUCCAGCUGAAUAUUCGGUGAUCUGCGCCAUAAGCUUUUGUUGCAACUCAGUAAAUGAAAACAUUUAAGAAAUACGCAGCUUUUGAUAAUCUUAACUCAUUUUUUUUUCUUUCAUAAAGUAAAACGCCGACCUCAACUUCUCUCAGUACGUCAUCAAGGUACGUUUCAUUCUUUCAACCAUUGUUACCUGAAACUUAUUCAGAUUUUUAGUGGUCAAAAACUCACAAACCAAACGUAUUCUUAGUUAUGCUUUGAAAGAAAUAGCUUUUAACAGUUUGAUGUAAUUGUCUCCUCGCAGCUCGAGUCUUAGCUCCUCAAUUUCUUCUUCAAUCUCACCGACUACAUCCUCGUCAGUUUCGACAUCUGUCUCAAGUAGUAAGUGCUUCGAAUAUUUUAGCAAUCGUUAAUCUUUAUUUAGAGGAAUUUUCUUGAGUAUCACACUUCCCUUCAAAUUCUCCCCCCUCCCACCCCAUAAAGCUUAAAGCCCUAUGUAUGAAAAAUUAUUCGCGUUAAUCAAUGGUUUUAAGUAACUUUCGACUUUUUUAUUGUGAAAGCUUACUUGUCAGGGCGUUAUUUUUUUAGCAACAACACUUGCUGAAAUGUUAUAAAUCUAGAUCGAACUAAAUGUUUUUCACAUCCCAUUGUCACGGCAUGCCGCCUUAAAAACCCCUUUAGCUACAUUUACACUUGUGAUUAAAAAUUGAAAAGUACCCAUACCGAAAAAAGAGGUUCUUUUCUAACCACAACUGACCUUUUUUGAACAAAUUAGGAGGUAAUUCUCUCAAGGUGUCUAGUUUUUUCGUGUACGCACGUCACAAUUUUUGAAAUGCAGAAUUCCCACGCUUUUUGGAAGUAAUUUUGUUUCACUUUUUCUUUGGCUUCCAGGUUCGAUCUGUCCGAUUUGUGUAUACACAAAUAGAUUCAAUGAAACUGAAAAGCAUCAC